CCGGGACCUUCGCGCCUGCGCGCUGCGGCCGGCGCUAGGACCCGGAUUUAAAGAGACAGGCGACACCACCGCGGCGGCGGAGCGCGGCCGGGGGGCGCCGGGUCGGAGGCCUUCGCUGGGUGCCGGAGCCGGGAAGGCAGCUGUAUGACUUGGACUUUCAAGAUCCUCUUCCCACCGACCCUCCGUGUGCUCAGCCGAAAAGAAGUCCGCCUGUUCCGAGAACAUCUCCGGCCAGACGUGAAACCCUUCAGCCAGCUUCAUGGGCGCUGCCUCCUCCAGAAGAGCAAGCCCGUUCUGCCCUUUCAGAAAGGCAGUCUGAGACCACGUGCCACCUGCCUUGCCUUCUCGCCAGGGUCGCAUGUGGGGCUCUGCAGCGGGCCCUGUGAGAUGGCCGAGCAGCGGUUCUGUGUGGACUAUGCCAAGCGCAGCACAGCUGGCUGCAAAAAAUGCAAGGAGAAGAUCGUGAAGGGCGUGUGCCGCAUCGGCAAGGUGGUGCCCAAUCCCUUCUCGGAGUCGGGGGGUGACAUGAAAGAGUGGUACCACAUCAAGUGCAUGUUUGAGAAACUGGAGCGGGCCCGGGCCACCACAAAGAAAAUUGAGGACCUCACGGAGCUGGAAGGCUGGGAGGAGCUGGAAGAUGCUGAGAAGGAGCAGAUCAGCCAGCACAUUGCAGAUCUGUCUUCCAAGGCAGCAAGUGCGCCAAAGAAGAAAGCCGUUGUCCAGGCUAAGCUGACAACCACGGGCCAGGUGACAUCUCCAGUGAAAGGGGCUUCACUUGUCACCAAUACCAAUCCCCGGAAGUUUUCUGGCUUUGCAGCAGCCAAGCCCAACAACUCUGGGGAAGCCUGCGCAAGCCCCACCCCUAAGGCAAGUCUGUCCUCAAGCAAAUGUGACCCCAAACACAAGGAUUGUCUGCUGCGUGAGUUUCGGAAGUUGUGCGCCAUGGUGGCCGACAAUCCUAGCUACAAUUCAAAGACCCAGAUCAUCCAGGACUUUCUUCGGAAAGGCUCAGCUGGAGAUGGUUUCCACGGUGAUGUAUACCUAACGGUGAAGCUGCUGCUGCCGGGUGUUAUUAAGAGCGUUUACAACUUGAAUGAUAAGCAGAUUGUGAAGCUUUUCAGCCGCAUUUUUAACUGCAGCCCAGAUGACAUGGCCCGAGACCUAGAGCAGGGUGACGUGUCAGAGACAAUCAGAGUCUUCUUUGAGCAGAGCAAGUCUUUCCCCCCAGCCGCCAAGAGCCUCCUCACCAUCCAGGAGGUGGACGAGUUCCUCCUGCGGCUCUCCAAGCUCACCAAGGAGGAUGAGCAGCAGCAGGCCCUGCAGGACAUCGCCUCCAGGUGUACAGCCAAUGACCUUAAGUGCAUCAUCAGGCUGAUCAAACACGAUCUGAAGAUGAACUCAGGUGCAAAACACGUGUUAGACGCCCUCGACCCCAACGCCUACGAAGCCUUCAAAGCCUCGCGCAACCUGCAGGACGUGGUGGAGCGGGUCCUUCGCAACGAGCAGGAGGUGGAGAAGGAGCCAGGCCGGAGGCGAGCUCUGAGCGUUCAGGCCUCACUGAUGACCCCAGUGCAGCCCAUGCUUGCCGAGGCCUGCAAGUCCAUUGAGUAUGCGAUGAAGAAGUGUCCUAACGGCAUGUACUCCGAGAUCAAGUAUGACGGGGAGCGAGUCCAGGUGCAUAAGGACGGAGACCACUUCAGCUACUUCAGCCGCAGCCUCAAGCCCGUCCUACCUCACAAGGUGGCCCACUUUAAGGACUAUAUCCCCCAGGCUUUCCCUGGGGGCCACAGCAUGAUCUUGGACUCUGAGGUGCUCCUCAUCGACAACAAGACCGGCAAACCAUUGCCCUUUGGGACGCUGGGCGUGCACAAGAAAGCUGCCUUCCAGGAUGCUAAUGUCUGCCUGUUUGUUUUUGAUUGUAUCUACUUCAAUGAUGUCAGCUUGAUGGACAGGCCUCUGUGUGAGCGGCGGAAGUUUCUUCAUGAUAACAUGGUUGAAAUUCCCAACCGGAUCAUGUUCUCAGAAAUGAAGCAAGUCACGAAAGCAUCCGACCUGGUGGACAUGAUAAACCGGGUGAUCCGAGAGGGCCUGGAAGGGCUGGUGCUGAAGGACGCAAAGGGUACAUAUGAGCCUGGAAAGCGGCAUUGGCUGAAAGUGAAGAAAGACUAUCUGAAUGAGGGGGCCAUGGCUGACACCGCUGACCUGGUGGUCCUUGGGGCCUUCUAUGGGCAAGGGAGCAAAGGUGGCAUGAUGUCCAUCUUCCUCAUGGGCUGCUACGACCCAAGCAGCCAGAAGUGGUGCACAGUCACCAAGUGUUCGGGAGGCCAUGACGACGCAACGCUCGCCCGCCUGCAGAAGGAGCUAGACAUGGUGAAGAUCAGCAAGGAUCCCAGCAAGAUACCCAGCUGGCUGAAAAUCAACAAGAUCUACUAUCCCGACUUCAUCGUCCCAGACCCGAAGAAAGCUGCCGUGUGGGAGAUCACAGGGGCCGAGUUCUCCAAAUCCGAGGCUCACACUGCCGACGGCAUCUCCAUCCGGUUCCCUCGCUGCACCCGGAUCCGGGAUGAUAAGGACUGGAAAUCUGCCACCAACCUCCCCCAGCUCAAGGAACUGUACCAGCUGUCCAAGGAGAGGGCGGACUUCACCGUGGUCGCUGGAGACGAAGGGAGCUCCACUUCAGGAGGCAGCAACGGAGAGAAUGAGGGCACGUCGGGGCCUCCUGUGCCUAAGAAGGCCAGAACCUCCCCCAGUCAGUCCUCCCCCAGUGCCAAGAAGGCCGGAGGGAAGCUGCACCACCCCAACAGCAAAAAUGGGCACAAGCCGACGGCAAAGCCUUCCCCUGUGAAGGGGGGGGAGAAGCUGGGCACGAAGUCUGCUGUGAAAGUGGGGGAGAAGCGGAAGGCCUCUGAUGAGACCCCGUGCCACGCCAAGAGGCGGCUGGCCAGGGAGCCGAGAGGAAGGAGAGCUGUGUCUGCAGGCAGGAGGUGCUGCUGGACAUCUUCACUGGGGUGCGGCUCUACCUGCCGCCCUCCACGCCAGACUUCAGCCGGCUCAGGCGCUACUUUGUGGCAUUUGAUGGGGACCUGGUACAGGAAUUUGACAUGGCCUCAGCCACACACGUGCUGGGGAGCAGGGACAAGAACCCUGAGGCCCAGCAGGUCUCCCCAGAGUGGAUUUGGGCUUGUAUCCGGAAACGAAGACUGGUGGCUCCCUGCUAGGACGGCUGCCUUUCCUUUCCUCUCCCUUCGGCCGACCCUUCCUGGCCGGGGCAGAACCCAGCCGGACAAGGAUGGACUUCCUUCUCCAAGCAGCGCGUCUUCCAAACCCCCCGCCGUGCACGGUCUCCAGCAGGAGUCAGGUGCUCCGGUGCCACCAGCAGUCACUGCCCUGCUGGCUGGUGGUGAUCUUCCAGAUCUAGGUGCUGGUUACUGUCUUUUAGUGUUCUGUAAAAAGGGGCCUUUCUUCCUUUUUAAAAUAAAAUAUCUUGCAGUUAUCUCUGCCCUUCCCCCACUGCCACUCCCUGUAAAUCCCUAGUGACUAAGGAGUGAAGGCUGGGCUCCCGAAGGUCUUCCUUGCCUGCCCCUUUCACUUCCACGCUCCUUUUAAAGUUCUUUCUUGGACUGCCCUCUCUCAGAAAUGCUGCUUAUAUUUGGCAAAACAUGCAUUCAGUCUGGCCCUUUUUGCCAGCAAUGAAGCCUCAUCUGAAAGGAAACAAAUGAAUUUUAUGACUUCGUUGUCUGGUUCUCCUUUUCCAGGGUGUGGGUCUGCCCUGAACCAGGAUCAGGUAGGAGAGGGGGGCCUUUAUGAA